CCGCCCCUCCCCCCGCGCGCCGGCCGUUACCCCGCGCGCUCGGCGCGCGCUGCUGCCGUUGCCGGGGAAACGGGCGCUAACGGACGCUGCGCGCGUCCUGUCUGGCGGCGGCGGGCGUCCCGCCGAAGCCGCUGGAAAGUACUAUUGGCAAUAAUGUUUGAAAUACAGUCAUUUUCCUGUUCUUCUAAGGACACUAAUGAGCCAUCCCAAGAUAAGAGCAAGUGUAUCACAACAAGGCAACGUAGUUGUGCUUUUAUAAAUACUCCAUUACCAUGUAUUAACAAAGCUAUUCAUCACAUUCAAGAGUUAGAAGUAAAGCUGGAGAAAUGCUUUCAACAGUAUGAUCAUGUGUUUAAGGAGGAGAAAAUACCGUGGAAAACAGAAAAGGUCAGUGCUGAAUCUAAUGAAGAUACCUGGUUAUCAUUAUCCACUAGAUUGGAUUUUCAAGAUGCUAAUGUAUCUUGUAAAGAAUAUGAAACACAUACUCAAGAUAUGUUGGAGCUACAAUGGCAUUUUGAUUGUAAAAGCCGCCAGUUACAACAGGUAGAAAACCAAGUACUUAAGAUAGAAACAGUCAACAGAAAGAUUCAGGAGGAUAUAGACUUCAUGAAGAAACACAGCCCUCUGCUGGAAGAAAAGCUGAAUCUAGAAGGUGAAGCUAUGAAGGAUGUGUUAUUGGCUUAUGGAAAAAUAGAAGACUUGAAUAAUAAAAUAGCUGCCCAAGGAAAUGAGAACAUAAAAAUAUUGGAUGCUUGUUCUGAAGUGAUGAAAGCUACUGAAAAAUUAAAAUCCACCUGGGAAGGCAAUCUACAGACUAUAAAACAAAAGCUACUGAAUAUUAGUGAAGCAUUGAAUGAUUUGAAAUGUGAAAAUGGAGAACUUCAGGGAGAAAAUGAAGAGUUUUUGCAAAAAUCUGCAAAUAGUUCAAGAACAAAGAAGACCUAUCAGUCAGAAAUAAAGACUGUCUGCAAAAGCAUGCAGAAGAUUGAAGAGCAAGUAAAAAGAGUAAAUAAAGAUCUCUAUGGUGUUGAAAUGUCUUAUGGUGAAAAAAAAAAAAAGUAUGAGGACUUGCAAAAAAAAAUAACCAGUGAAAAAAUCCAUUACAAGGUUGUAUAUUUUUAAUUUAAAAUCAUUUUUAGAGUGGAAAAAUAGAAAAUAAUGCCAUUCAUAUCAGAAAAUUAUUGAACAAGCAAUCUAAUAUCAAGAACAUAAUAAUGCAAAACUUCUGAUUUUCACCAGGUGUUUAAAAUACUCGAAAAAUAGCAAAUAACAGUAGCCUCUGGAGAAGAAAAUAUAUUGGUUACUAAAUGGCCACAAGUAAUGAGAUGCUAAAGAUUACAGUUGACAGAUAUUCUCAACCAUACAAAGUUUUUGUGAUUCCCAGAUGAUUUGAAAUGCAUAGAAAUAAAUAACAAUCUCAUUCUUUGUAUAAUUGACUAGAAGAAUCUGUAAAUCAAUAGUUUUAUUUGAUACUAAAUGUAACCAUUGCAAAUGAAAUACUACGUUAGAAUAAUUUUUUCCUUAUCAGUAAAAUAUCAUUGAAAGUCAUCCUUAUGUAGCAGCCUUGCAAUGGCUGUGAAGAAUUACAUAUGUUUUUGAUGUUUUCUUAAUUUGCCUAAUUCUUAGUAAAUGAUCUUGAACAUAUGCAUACAGCUUUGUAGGAUCAGUACUAUUGUAAGGUGUAGGAUUCAGCAUUCAGAAAUACAGAGAAAAAGAAUGCAAUAUUGGGAAUUUUCAAGGGUCUUUUUAUUAUCAAAAAGAUAUAAAAGGUGUUUUAUGUACUUAUCAUUAGUGUUCUUCUAGUAUAUGUAAGGUCUAGAAUGCCUUGAAGGAGAGACUUUCAGUUUCAUUUUAUGUAAUAUUUUUAGCCAUAAUCAGUAGAGUUAAGAAUUGAGUAUGUUUUCCUGUUUAUAAUAUGCAUUGGUGUAUUAGGCACUCCAUGCUGUACUUCCUCUUCACCUACCUGCUUGCCAAAGGUAAAGAUUUUUUUGGAAGGGGUUGGGUUUAGCAUCCAAAUACAUCAAGUACAUCAAAGUACCAGACUCUGCUUAAAAAAAGAAAAAAAGUAGUAAAACAUGGGCUAGAGAACUUUGCAGCUGUUUGUGUCCUUUGCAGGUUUUUCAGAAAAUUCUUAUAUAGCUCUCCUAAUGGUAUUUUUACAAUUAACCAAGCAGAGUUCAGAGCUUUCUGUUUUUUCCUUCUUUUGGACAUAAUUUCAGCCUUCUGGAGGAUAUCGUCUUGCUGUUCAUAGCCUUCCUUCUGUUUAGUACUUUAUGAUGUUUUCAAAGUGUCACCCAAAACUUGGUGUGCAUUUGCUUUGAGCAUUCAGUAUGAUGUCUCUAAAUAAUCUUUGUCUGUCUUGCAAAUAUUUUACUCUUUUAGCUGUCUGUCUUUGAGUUUUUAAUAAAUUACUUAUUUUUAUAUAAAAUCCAUUUUUGAAUUUGAAUAUGGUAU